AUCAAUUACAGUAUCGAUUACUACAAGCCAUUUUGAUUUUUUGAAUUGUUAGCGUUGCAUUCAUCAUGCAAUGCAUUGACGCUGAGAAGAAAUAAACGUUGUUUGCAAUGAAUUUAUUGUAUUGUGUAAGGAUCAUGAUGAAAGGAUUUCAAUGUGUUCAAAAAAAAAUCAAACGUCAAUUGAAAGUGAAAUGAAUUCGUUUUGAGAUAAUAAUAAAAAAAUCCACUAAAUCAACAAAUCAUAUACUAACUAUCAUGAAAAUAAUGGGUAAUUUGCUGGCUGAUUUAUCGCUGAACCUAACUGACAAUUACUCGAUGGAUAUCAAUCAUGAUAAUAUAUCACACAGACAAUUGAACACAUAUCAUCAUUAUUUUUCUGAUUAUCAACAGCAGCAACAGCCGACGCCAUCUCCUCCGUCGCCGCCACCACCUCUGCAAGCACAUAGUACUAAUAUGACAAAUCAUUUGAAUUCUACAGUAGAAAAUAUAUUCCCCAGAAGAUAUGCGCAUACACCACGAACAUUCUUUCCAUCUUCAUCUUCGUCGUCUUCUUCCUCCUCUUCAGUCAGUUCAGCAUGGUCAUUGAAUGAUUUAAAUUUCACAUCCAUGCCUAAUUCACAGCGUCAUUCACCUACAGUAGUACUUGACGCAAACGACAGCGACAUGAUCAGUGUUGUAACAAGCAAUAAUAAUAAUAAUAGUAAUAAUAAUGAUAAUGACGAUUCAUUAUCAAAUGAUAUUCAACCUGGAGGUUAUCCUGAAGAAUUAUUUAUUGAUUUAUUAAAUAGCGAAAAAGAAGACUAUUUAUGUACAAUAUGUUUCUUAAUACUCAAAGAUCCGUAUCAAUGUCAAAAUCAGCAUAAAUUUUGCUAUGGCUGUAUAUAUACUUGGUCCACCGGACCAACCGCUGGUCACGAUACUUGUCCAGUAUGCAGAUGUGAUGGUUUGUAUGCUAAGAAUUUUGAUUUAAAUGAACAAAUGAAUGCGAAACAUGUUCAAUGUCUAACAGAUGGUUGUAAUUGGAUGGGUUUAUUAAGCGCCUAUCAACACCAUGAACAUCGACAUUACACUCCGGAUGAAUUGGACUUGUCAUUGUCUGACUAUAUAAAAUAUCAAAUGAAUUCCUAUUUGUUGUUCUCCUCCUCCUCACCAUCAUCAUCAUCAGCAGGAGCAGCAGCUUCACUGCCGACAACAGCACACAAUCCCAUGAUAUACAAUAAAGGCAUGGUUAAAACAGCCAAUGGAAUGCCAUUAAGAAGGUAUGGAUUACAAGAAAUCAGCAAUAAUCACUUGCUUGAUAAUAAUAAUAACGACCAGAUAAAUUUGAAUAUUGGACAAGUGCCGGUUGUAUGUGAACCAAUUAAUAAUUUGUCAACAAAUCAAUCAUUAUUUGAUCAUUCAAUGCAACGAUUGUUAACAAUGACCACCACACCAAAUAGAAUAACACCAAUGUCAAGUAUUCGAAAUAGGCAAGCACAAAAUAGAAAUCAUAAUCGAUCAAUUUUCAAUUCAGAUGAUAAUAUGAAUCAAUUAGAAAAUAUUCAUGAUUCUAUAGAAGCAUUAAGAAGAAGUUAUUAUCUGCCUGCAACUACUACGCAUCAAUCUCGUAUACUUCGACUGCGUGAUGAACAACCGCAGUAUCAGCAAAGUUUCGCAAAUGUUUCAACACAUUCUAGACAAACACGAUCGUAUGUACCAUCAUUGACGCAGUCAAGCACAACCAUGAAUAAUAAUAGUGAUGGACAUAGACAAGGAAUUACUACUGUUCGCGAUUCCAGAACACAUAUUGGACGAUUGCCGAAUGUCGUAGGAAGACGACAGACAAGAAGAGGUGAACAAGCCGCCCACUCGUUAAUUCAUGUAUCCUCUGGAGAAGUUGACAAUCAAUUCAGUCUAAUUCAUGAUGCGAUCAGUUUACUUGCGGUGAAUUCCAAUUCUAUUCACAAUCCAUGUUCAAUAGAGGGUAAUAAUGAUCUAAGAGAUCAUCAUAUUAAUAAUGAUCAUCAACAACAUUCUGAUCAUUGUCAAACAAUUCAUCUUCCAGCUAUGCUAUGUGAUGAUGAAGCACCAAUCACUUCUAAUUUAGACUCUAGACAGAUAAAUAAUAAUAAUAAUAACACUCAAACACUUUCAGUGAGUAGUAAUAAUAGUAAUUCAAGACAACGACAAACAAAUCGACCAUUUGAAUUUCGACGACUGGUACCACCACAAAGACAUAGAAGAGUAGUUGAACAAUUAAGAGAAACACGUGAACAAUUAGCUACACUGUUACGUCGUAUGACUAUAGAAUUGGAAGAAAGACAAAAUCAUGCCCUGAUGUAUAAUAACUCGGAUAGUAGUAGUAGUAGCAGUAGUAGUGGUACAACUAGUCGACUAUCGAGAAAUUCAAACAAUUUAUUCAAUGAUCAAUCAAUAUCAUAUGCUCAUAAUAAUACAGUGAAUCAUGAAUUCACAACAUAUAACAGCAACAACAAUCAUCACACCUCUGGUAUUCCAAGAAACAUUCACACAAGAAGUACAUGUGACAAUGACAAUGAUUUGACACAGAUGAAUAAUAAUUACACAUCUCAAUCAAUUGACAUUAUUUCGAAUACACUGACCAAUACUACUAAUCCAAGAGAUCUAUCACGUCUACUGAUUACACCAAUUUACAGGGAGCACAAUAAUAAUAAUAAUAUGACCACCAAUUGUUCCACAGUUUCGAGUUUAAAACAAAAUACGACUACUACUGCCACUGCUAGAACCAAUAAUGAAAUUGAUUAUUAUUAUUAUAAUACAUCAUCAACUCAUAUCACAUAAAUAAUCUCAUUAUUAUCCAGAUGAAUUUCAACAAAUAAGACCCUCUUCUUUUUUUUGUUUUGAUUGAACCUGUUUGUGUACACAAUCAUAUCAAAAAAGCUGUUAUUCGCUCAUAUCUGAUUUAUGAUAUGAGUGAAAUUUUCUCCACUAUUAUAAAGUUUAAUGUGUUGUAUAUAGCAAUGGACUAGUAGUUGCUCAAUGAAUUUUUUAUCAUCUAUCUUAUUCAUGAAUGUUUUGAGAUGGAGAAAUAAACGGA